UCUUCCUGGGACAAACCAGGCUGCUUUGUCUCUCCUACCUGCACCCUCCAAAGUGCUGCCACGUGGCUGUACCAUGGCAGUUACUUCAGAGUCCGUCACAGACCCUGUGCUGCGAUUUUUAGGUUCUGCAGCGUCUCUAGGCUCAAAACAGGAUUGGGCCUAUCUAAAUACCCCCUCGGCUGUGUAUUGGCCUGGAAAUGUCAUGUAGGUUAUCAAGUCUGUGCUCCAGAAGCGUGGGUUACAGGUCAUAGAAACGGUCAGAUCAUAGGCUCCCUGGGCCUCAGGGUCUCCUUGUCGACAUGCAGUUAUUUUUCUCAAACUGAGAAGACUCAGCUUCUGGAAGGCAGAGACCACUUCUUUGAUUUUAGCAUCCCCAGACCGAAGUAAUGCCUCAUGCAUAGUCUGUGUCCCCAAGUGGUGUCUUGAUGAAAAAACUUCAAAACUCCAAACUUUAGUUUGUUGGGUUUUAUCAUCCUGGUAACAGCCAUUGUAAUACAGCUGGGCUAAAUUUAAAUUGUUUUUCAAUCAUAGAAUUUUGGAGCUGAGGGCACGUCUUCGCUUGGUACCGGCAUGUAGUACAUGCUCAGGAAAUGUUUGUUCCUGUCCUGCGCGUUUCCCGUCUGAGUGAAUGGCACCACUUCUGCUACCACUCUCCGCCAGAACCAUUCCGGAUUUCCCUCUUUGCUUCCCCUCACCCCACGCAUUGAGUUCUUGGCUUCUGCUUCCUGAAUGGGUCUCCUCUGUUACAUCCUCAUCAUCACUGCCCGCAUAUUGGCAGCCUUCAUGUUUAGGUCAGUAAGCGAUCAUUUACCUGGAGACGUUUUCAGUAGUCCCCCCAGCUGUAGUCUUGCCCUGCCAGUCUGGUCGUCACUUUGCUGCCAGAGUGGUUUGUGUAACUGUCAUCUCUGAUUGUCGUUCCCCUGCACAGGAUUCUUCUUUGGCUUCUUAGUGCCAGCUUUUGUUUGUUCACUUAAUAGUAUGAAUCUCUCUCUUUUGGGUAGAUGCUAUACUGGGCAGGCCCUGGAAUACAGACCGGAAUAAAAUGGACGUGGGCCUUAACACGGACUGAAGUUCUCAUUUAGCUGAGUGGAGACACAGAUUGUUACUCACAUAAUCACCUGAGUAAUUAUAACCGCAGUUGUGAUAAGGCCCCUGAUGGGAAAGGAAUGGCACUGUGAGAGGGCACGGGAGCUGGUGUGUGGGGGUGUGCGGAGGGCAAGGACACGCUCAGGAGGGUUGACCUUAAGCUGGGCCCUGAAGCACGGUAAGGGCUCACCAGACUUGAGGAACCGCGGCUGAUUUGCUUGGAAUACGAGGCCCUUUGGGUAUACGAGGCCCCUGCCUCCCUGUCUGAUCUCAUCUCCUAUGCUCUGCAUGCAUUAUUGCCCCAGUCACAGUAAGCUCUCUGAGGUUUCUCUUCUGAAAAGCCUCUUCCCCCUCAUCACCAAUUUCACUUCUUAGCUCAGAUGAGAAAAUGAAUGUCUCUGAGACGCCUCCUGAAUGAACUCUCCAAGGUAGCUUUUGGGAAAGGGACGCCUCUUGUAGCCUAUCUGUCCCUGUAAGAGACUGCACAGACCUUGUGGCAGUGAUCUUCCUGGUAUGUGCAGUAGAGGCGUCUAGUUAGGGGGGUAACUCGGGCCUGUUAGGGGAUAUCAAAAGAAGGGGGGAGCUAAGUAUAUAACCCCUCUCAGAUGUCAGAGUCUCCUGGGAGGAAGGCCAGUUCUGAAAAGUUGGAGGAAAAACAGUGGGUGAUUUUGAUCCUACUCACAUCCUGCUAAUAUGUGUUAUCCCACUUAACCUUCAUAAUAAGUGUCCAAGGUGGUGAUUAUCUUUGUUUUAUAGAUUGAGAUGUACCUAUUCAUAGAAGUUGAGUAACUUCCUGGGCUCCAGAUUCUGUGGUACUCUUUCUGUUGCUAUGAUGCCGUUGCUCACAUCUGCUGAAUAAAUGAAUUUUGAUCAUUGUUAAAGUGCACCUCUGUGGUGAGGAUUAUAAGAAAGGUUGACCGGGGCGCCUGGGUGGUUCAGUCGGUUACGUGUCCGACUUCGGCUCAGGUCACACGGCCCGCGACUUCGAGCCCCACAUUGGGCUCUGUGCUGACAGCUCAGAACCUGCUUCACAUUCUGUGUCUCCCUCACUCUCUGCCCCUCCCCAGCUCACGCUCUGUCUCUCCCCUUGAAAAAUAAACAAAUCAUUAAAAAAAAAAAAAAAAAAAGGUUGACCAUGUGGUAGUUUGAAAUGUUGAAACUUAGGAUACCCUCCCAGCUCCUCUCUGAUGUUCCUCCUGCUCUGUGUACACACCUCUUAGGCCAGUAUAUUGUCUUUAUAUUGCAUAGCUAGGGGGAAAUGUUUGAAUAAUAAACUGGGUUGAAUACGUAUUCAUCCGGGGUGCGUGGGUGGCUCAGUCCGUUAAGCAUCCGACCUUGGUCCAGGUCAUGAUCUCACGGUUCGUGGGUUCGAGCCCCACGUCAGGCUCUGUACUGACAGCUCAGAGCCUGGAGCCUGCUUCGGAUUCUGUGUCUCCCUCUCUGUCUCUUUGCCCCUCCCUAGCUCGCUCGCUCUCUCUCUCUCUCUGUCAGAAAUAAACUUUAAAAAAAGAUUUUAAAAAAUACAUAUUCAUUUGUGUUGGUUUUUCUUUAUUAGAGAGAUUAUGUUUUAGAUAAUGUAGGUUUUGCUCUUGCAGUGUAACUUACCUGGAUAAAGUUCAUUUCAGAUUUAGGACGAUAUACUAACGAAUAUUCACAGAGAGAUUAUGAAGCUGGAGCGUACUGUUCAUGGAUCUCUUUUUAAAAUAGUCAUAAUACUCUAUAGCCUUUUAUAUAACAGUGGACAAAAGCAGAGUGAUUGAAUUUUAAAGUAAAGUUUGGCUUUCUGUUUUACCUCAUUUUCUACAAGUGAAACAGUUCUCUCGUUAUUGGCGUAAAGUAUUAUGUGUACUAAAGAAAAUGUGGAGUGAGAAUAUUCAUUCAGUCUCCAUUUCAGGGCUUGAUUUUGUCCUUUGCUCUCCUGUUUUAUGGGUAUUUGCUAAUCCUCUUUCAAAGGAAAAUGCUUUUUCAGAAACAAAUGGAGAGAAUGUAAUUUGCAAAGUAUAUUAAAAUUGCGUUUCGGAAAGGAUACAAUUUUUAAGCAGAAAAGAGAACCUCCUAAAUUUAUCUGAAUUACUUAUUUUGUGUUGGCUGUUCUGUGCCACUGGCUGUUCUUGCCAUCGCAAAAUUGUGUGUAAACUCUAAGGUGAAGUUAUUUUUAAGGUGCCAUUCCAGUUUUACAUGAUCAGUAAAUAUCUCAGUCUGUCUUUUGAAUAGUUAUUUGCCUGUAAUUUCAUUUCUUAAAAAGAAGUUUCAAGAAGUCUGUAAUGGAAUUAUUUGUUAAUGAUGUUUAUUAGCUAAGUCUUUGGUGAUGUUAGGGAAUUUCCUCCAUUUAAUUGAUUGCCGGGCUAGGUAAGUAGCUUAGCAUAUCAGAAUUAGAGGAAUGCGAGAAAUACCAAAAUAGAUUUCUUUUAUUUUUUUACUUUUUUAAGCGUCUGUUUUAUUUUUGAGAGAGAAAGCACGUCCACACGUCCACACAUGAGUGGGGGAGGGGCAGAGAGAGAGAGGGAGACAGAAGAUCCGAAGCCGGUUCUGUGCUGACCGCAGAGAGCCAGAUUCGGAGCUUGAACUCACCAACUGGGAGAUCGUGACCUGAGCCGAAGUUGGACACUCAACCGACUGAGCUACUCAGCCACCCACAAAUAGACUUAUUUUGGAAUUAGGAAGGCCUAGGUAAAAGGGACGUCUCGUAUUGUUGCAGGAAAAAACGGAGGACCCAAGAGUCAGUGGAACCUGGAGUCCAACCUGGGCAGCUCUUUCCUGGGUGUAGGACUGGGGCAAAGAAGUCCUUUUCUUCUUUGGUCCCGCUUUCUCAUCUGUAAAAAUGGGUGUGAUAUUUCUGUGACGUUGCUGAUUGUGAGGAAUAAGUGAUGAAACAAAUGUGGAGUCCACUACCUACAUAGAUCCCCAGAAAUGACAUGGUUUACUCUUUUUGAGACCUGCAUUACCACAAACCUGGAAUUCUAAAAGGAGCGGUUGUGGCAGUAAAAGACAUUUUUAAAAUUUGAAAUGAAACAAAGUCAACUGUGGUUUUGUUAUGGGACGGGACUCCUAUCUGUAUAAUCGUAUUUAGGUUAGUAGUAGGUUUUUGGGCUGGUAGUAGGGUUGAUAAUGAGAGAUCUGAUCGGAGUCAAAACAAAAACUGCUGUUUUAUCGAACUGUAAAGUGGACAGUGAGCUUUUAAAAUUGGUUUCAAUCCUCCAAUGACCUUAUUUGUGUGUUGCUUUCACGUUACUAUCUAGAGUUUUACUCUUCUGUGCAGACCUCUUAUCAGCUCUGUGGUUAGAAGCUGCGUCUGUGCAUUUUUAACUCUUUAGUGACACUUUAACGAAACAAGUGUAAUUCAAAGAUAGCUAUAUGGUGAAUUAUUGAGUAUGGCAAGUUUUCCAUGAGUUUUGAGAAAGUCAGAGUUCAUCACAGUUGCCUAAGUGGUAAGCCAUUAGGUAUUUCUCAGGAUCAGCCUUCUUAACCCUGCUGACUUACCUCACGUCUACCCCAAAUCAUAACUGCACCCAAGCUGAUACUGUCCUUUCUGAAACCAGCCGUAUGCACGCUCUGCUGUUUCCUUCCCCCAGUUUUGAGAACGGUGUUCCACUGCUCUCUGUUCAAGGAUAAGCUCUGGUCUGUGGGCUGCCCUGUCUUUGGGAUCCUGCCUUCUUGGAGUCCUCUACUCUUCCUUUGGCACGCCUCACCCAGACUAACCUGUGUAGUUAUUUAUCUUUUUAUAUGUAGAUAACUUAUUUGUAAAAUUGUAAAGGAUACUGUGUUAUGUCCUACACAAUUAGGGCUCAAAUAUUUGCUAAUGAAAAUAGGCUCAGCGUUCCUCUUCUUUCCUCAGCCUGAAGGAAUUGCAUACCUUGUCCCACAAGGGAAGCAAAAUAUUUCCUUGAAUAUGUCUUGUUUAUUAACAUGACAUAAAUAGAUUUUGGACAAUAUGUUUUUAGGGGAAUUAGUCUUUUCAUAGAUCUUAGUCGAAAAGUAAACUGGAUAAUUGUUUACAAAAAAGUAAAAAUUAAAAUUUUUUAUAUAAUGUUUAUUUUUUUAUUUUUGAGAGAGAGACAGAGACAGACAGAGACAGAGGAGGGUAAGUGUGGGAGGGGCAGAGAGAGAGGGAGAAACAGAAUCCGAAGCAGGCUCCAGGCUCCAGGCUCCGAGCUGUCAGCACAGAGCCCGAUGCGUGGCUCAAACUCACGGACUGUGAGAUCAUGACCUGAGCUCAGGAGUCGGACGCUCAACCGACUGAGCCACCCAGGAGCCUCCCCAAAAGUCAAAAUUUUAAUAACCUCUGUCUUUUUUAGGUUAUAAAAGCAGCACACACUCACUGCCAAAAAUUUGAAAAGAACAGAAAAACAUAAAGAGAAAAAAAUUCUGUAAUCUUACCAUCUUAACAUUUUGGUAUUUUUAAAAUAUAUAUGCAGACAAAUUAUACGCUUAAAAAAUUGAGAUCAUAUGCCAUGAAAUUUGGCAUAUGAAUUUUCUUACUUAACAUUUUAUUGUGAGAAUUUCCCAUGAGAUUAAAUAGCCUGAAAAUAUGACUGCAUAGUGUUAAUGUUAGGUAUACUGUGAUUUAUUUAAUUGUUUUCUUACUGUAGACCUUUAGGUUAUUUAAUUUUUUUGCAUACAUAAAUAUCAUUGAACAUUGUUAACUGUAAAGAUUUUCAACAUCUUCUUUCCUUUAAAAUGUGUAUCUAGUAGUGAGAUUAUCAAAUCAAGAGUAUUAUUUUAAGGUUCUUGAUAUAUGUUUUACCACAUUGCUUUUCAGAAAUCAGAUAAUUUGCAGACUUAACAAUGUAAAAGCAUCUCAAAUGAUUCAGUCUUUUUUUUUUUAAUGUUUAUUUUCGAGAGAGGGAGGGAGAGAGAGAGGCAGAACAUGAGUGGGGGAGGGGCAGAGAGAGAGAAAGAGAGGAAGACAUAGAAUCCAAAGCAGGCUCCAGGCUCUGGGUUGUCAGCACGGAGCCCGACGUGGGGCUCGAACCCAUGAACUGCGAGGUCAUGACCUGAGCCGAAGCGGAUACUGAACUGAUUGAGCCACCCAGGCGCCCUUCAAAUGAUUAAGUCUUUUAAGCAAAAGUAAGUGAAAUGUUAGAGACCAGUAUUUUUGUUUAUAGAUUAGUUUACUUUUUUCUGUUCCAGUAUUCUUUUUUGACCAUUUUUUUUUUUAAUGAGCAUCUUCAUCAUGAUAUCAGCAAGGAAAGAAAAAGAUGACAGGAUUUUGACAGCAUUAAUAAAAAUUUGGAAGAGAGAUUUAGAUUACUAAGUUUUUAAAUUCUCCCAACUUCCACUUUCAUUGUUUUCCUGGCAACAAGGAGUAAUUGUGAGUUGCCUUUAUUUAUCUUGGAGUAACUUUUACAUACCAGCUUUCGCUUAAGUCACUAUGUGUUAUGUGAGCACUUUUAUACCAGGCUGUCACCAGAAAUGGUGACACACUUAGCAUUUUUCAUCAUUUUAACAAGAGGCAGAUUCUGUUUCGGAAUUUGGAACUUACUGUCUGCACUGCUGGUCCGAGUUUUGUGGCUUGAAUGUUAACCCCUUCCUCUUUGCAAAUAGUUAGUACUACUCUAUAUCAGCUAAUAAAUUGCCUGACUACUGGGUACGUUAAAAUUCCUUGAUGUAUCCUGGGCCAUUGCUUGUUUCACUUAGGGAAAGUAAAAUUACGUAAGUCGGUGCUUCCUGAGAUCGAUCUGCACUGGUGACCCAGUCACUGCCUGAGGAGCAGAGCAGUCCUUUUAGCCCGCCGGUCCUAGUCACCUCAGUUGCCCCUGGGGUGUCCGUUAAAAGUGACCACUUGGAAGAAAACUUGCAGAAUAGUAGGCGGUUACCUUCCCUUGGAAAAUACUUUCCUAGACAUUUGGAGGUAUAAUUUUGCCUACUUGGACAUUUCUGAUAAUAAAUAAUUUAACCUUUGAAUUUAUAGUUCUAUCUCGAGUCCAUCCGGUGAGUGCAGACUGGUGACCUCAUAAUGCUACAUGAGAACCAUGUGGUAAUAUCAAGCUGAUCAGUGAAAAACUCUGGAUCCUUCCGUAACUAAGGACCUCUUGACCUAUUUGUGAUUUCUUCAUCUUUGAUUUAUGGCUUAUAUUGGUAACUCCCAGGAGGAGGAGCGCUAUUCUAGAAAUGUGGAAUAUUGUUUACUUUGGACAAACGGAACGGCAGUGGCAACUGCGUGUAGAGUUGUGUUUAUUUUGCUUGACCUGGGGGUUACUGACAUUCUCAGAGGAUUUAGUCUACUCUCUUCAGCCUAUGCCAUUUUUGUUACGGGUAUCUCUGAAAUUUUAGCAGUAAGAUCAGCGUGGUAGUAUUCAUCGAGAGUCAGUACUCCACUUACGUUAAUUUUUCUAUAAACACACAGGUUAGCCUAGUAUUUUCCAUGAGGAAAAAUCAUGGUUUUCAUUUUUGGUAUCUAUAAAAGAUAGCAGAUGAUUUUCGUACGUAACGAGCUUAAAUGCAGUUUUAGUGUGGCUUUGCGAAACUCAUCUUUCAGUUAUCUGUAUUAGAGGGAGAGCAUUGGUACGGAUUUUUUUUUUUUUAAGCGUUUAAUUUGAGAGGUUUUUGUGUAUGUAACUGCUGGUGGUCUGCUUUUAGGAGGAAAUUUACAAUAUCCCAAGUAAAAUGGGGAGAGGCAGUAGAAGUAGCCUGAUUCACGCAUGUGGCCCUUUCAUUUCCACUCCCCUGCUUAUGCCACGGGUGGCGGUGUUCAGUGUGCUGUUUGUCCUCCCCUCUCCUGGUGGGGGGAGGUGUAAGUAGUGUGUCCGUGUAUCUGUUUGACAUACAGACCACACUGUAGUGGUGGUGAUGUCCAUGCAAAUCUCCAGUCUAAGAGUGAAUUUGACCAGCCAAACAGGGUGACUUCCAAAUGACAGUAGGUUGAACAGAGGCUGGUUCUACAACUGUUUUCAGCAGCUUGCAAAAUGUGUGCCGGGCCACCCACACUUCCUUCCUCUUCUCCAGCCACGCCCGCACACUUCAGUUUGCUUCUCUUUAGCUGGGAGAACAUCGGUAUAUUCUUGCAACAUGUACUGGUAGUUGUUUCUCAAACAUGAAUCUCCAUAUUAGAAACGCUCUGAGGCUAGUUGGCCUGUUUCAUUCUGGUCCAGCCCGGUUAUGUGCAUGUGGAAGCAUACGCUAAGUAAGACUGCUUUAGCAGGGCCUCAUUUAGUGGUCUUGCUGUUUUAAAAGAUAUCAUCUUUAUUAUGUAGUCGUUAAAAAUAUUGACGUAGAAGAAUUCAGUGCAGUGGGAAAAUAUUCAUUAUAUAAAGUAGAGGAAAAAGUUGUGAGACUUCACAUCUAGUAUCUUAGCUUUGUAAGAAGCAUAGGUAUGAAGAAUAUAUACUCAAAGAUGAAGAGAGGUCAUCCUGGAUGAAAGUAUAAGGUGAAUGGGGGCGCCUGGGUGGUUCAGUCGGUUAAGCGUCCAACUCUUGGUUUUGGCUCAGGUCAUGGUCUCACGGUGAGUUUAAGCCUGUGUUGGGCUCUGUGCUGGCAGUGUGGAACCUGCUUAGGAUUCUCUCUCUCCCUCUCUUUCUGCACCUCCCCUGCUCUCUCGCUCUCUCGCUCUCAAGAUAAAGAAACUUAAAAAAAAUUAAAUUAAAAAAAGAAAGUAUAAGGUGAUUUUUUUCUUCCUAUAUUGUGCUUUUCUGCAUUUUCCAAAUUUUCUAAAGUGAAUUUGUAUCAACUUGUAGAGAGAAAUACUUUUAAGAUGGUUGUAAACCUCUCUCUCUCUUUGUGUCUGUCUGUAUUAUUCCAUUUUAUAAAAAAAAUUUGUUCCUUGGCAUAUGUUAUACUUAGAAAAUAAUUUGAACGGCUUUGUACCAAACUGCUAACAGAGAUUGUCUCAGACAGUAGAAAAUUGGAUGAUUUGUAAGAAAAAAUUCUUUUUGUCAGUUUAUAUGUUCUAAUUGUAUUUUUCCCUAUAUUGUACAGAUAUUUCUUUCAUAACUUCAUAAUUGAAGCAAAAUAUUAAAAGGAAAGUGCUAUGUCAAGUGAAAAAAGUAGGCUCCAAGAUAUAAAGUUAUGUGUAGAAUGAUCACACCUUUGAAAACAAAGAAGAAACUGUAUAAAUAUUUGCAGAAAGAUUGCCAAAAUGUUAAUGGCGCUGAUCUUCAGUGGUAGAACUACGGAUGCCUUUUAAUUCUUCCUGCUUCCUAGUCUAUAUGUUCUAGAUUCUCUGUAAGAAUAUAUUACUUUCGGGGAAGAAAAUGUAAAGGAACAUUUAGUUCUUUUUGAAAGGGUAGACUUGAAAGAAGGUCCUCUUGAUAUUUCAAAAGCAAAUACUUAGAUUUUGUGGGAUUUUUUUGGAAAAAUUAUCAGACUUUGAUGCCCAACUAGAGAUACUCUUUUCUUUGCAUUACAGUCUUACAUCCGUCAUUUUCAGUUUAAUAUGUUUUAGGAAACUGGACAGCUCUGUAAAUUCAUUCUCUCGCGGUAGGGUGGAACAGUAAAAGCAUUUCUAUUUGGACGAAGGAGAACACCAUCGUUUCAAUAAUGGUGGUGGUGGUGGUAGCUAGUGUUUACUGCUUCCUCUGUGUCAGGCUUAAUUGCAAACCUUUUUGCUGUACUAACUCACUUAAUUCUCCCCACAACCUGUGAACUUGUACUCUUACUACUAACAUUUUCUAAUGGGGAAACUGAUCAUACAGGGAGGUCAGGUUUUGUUCAGGGCCCAUGGCGACUGGUAGGGGAGCUGGGUUUCAGAUCCAGUCCUUGGCGCUCCGAGCCAGUGUUCGGCCACGCCGGACUACCCCACUGCCUUGCCUAGAGGCUGGAUGAGACGGGCUGGUGGAGAGAGGGAAGCAAGGGUAAUGGCAGGAGCUGCCGUAUCCUUCUUGGAGCUGAAGGAGCAGGUAAGCGUUCCAGGGUUUCCCUGUCUCUAGACGAGGCCCUAUGUGUGAGCUUAAGGGUUACCUGGAUGCUCACCUUUGGUGUGUUGUGUAAAUCGCCUUGGCCUAGUGUGAAUGCUUAGGCCUUUCAGUAUUUGUGGGAUAUUUCAGUGUUGUGCAGAGUACCGUGAGGCACCUCAGCCAGUAUGCCACAGCCUUAGCUAUCGGCGCCCUGUGUUCAUAGUGAUAGUUUCUUUUUUCCUAUCGAAUGGAAAGCCUCCGUGUGAAGGUGUUUUGUGUGUUCCCAGGUGCUGGCAUUAUAAUUGAUUUCUGCUGGCCUGCUCGAAGAUUGUCUGUUGUGAAGGUCGCCCUCUUUGGCUGUUGGAGUGAGCGUUUCAUGAUCCGGCAGGGGCUCCUGCAGGCAGGCUGGGCUUGGAAACCAGGCUGGGCAGGAUUGGAACUGCCUCCUGCUGCUUACUGGGCAAGUCAAGCCUCAUUGCGCCUAGCUUGCGGGCUCUUGGUUUCGAUUCAGUGAAAUGUGGAUUUGGAGCCUGUUACCCAGGAAGCAUUUAGAAAAUGGUGAAUUCACCGUUUAUUAUUAUUACUUCCUCCUCCUUCUAGUAGAAUCUGUCUGACCUGGCCGCCUGGAACAAUCUCUGUUUAUGUGUGCACUGUUAAAUUUCUGUUUCCUCAAGAUUCUUUGAAUGGGUUGUAAUUCACAGAGGGGAGAAAGAUCCUGGGAUGCUGGGUCACUAAAGACAUACUUGCCAUUUUUAUGUCUGUCUGGAUCCAGCCUUAGAAUGUGUAUUUUGACUCUAAGCAAAGUUAAAACAAAUAGAACUAAACUCAAAUCUCCUUCUGUGUUUUCCUUUAGGAAAAAGAAGCAACUCACAAAACACAGUGGUAACAAGGAUUAUUCAGUAUGCGGUUUGUAGGGUGUCCGUGGCGACACUGAAAAUGAAUUCCUUAUUUUCACCAAAUAUUCUUCUAUGAGAAGAUCCAUUUUGAACAGUCUAUAUAUUUUUUCUUCUGUUGGACCAGCAUGGCAGGAUUCAAGCGAGGGUGAAAAAGUAGCAGUCAAAGUUAUUGACAAGACAAAGUUGGACACACUAGCCACUGGUCAUCUUUUCCAAGAAGUGAGAUGCAUGAAACUAGUGCAGCAUCCCAACAUCGUACGCCUGUAUGAAGUUAUUGACACCCAGACCAAACUCUAUCUUAUUCUGGAACUUGGAGAUGGAGGAGAUAUGUUCGAUUACAUAAUGAAACACGAAGAGGGACUUAAUGAAGAUUUGGCCAAGAAGUACUUUGCUCAGAUCGUUCAUGCUAUAUCUUAUUGCCAUAAACUCCAUGUGGUUCACAGAGACUUAAAACCAGAGAAUGUAGUCUUCUUCGAAAAACAAGGUCUUGUAAAGUUGACAGACUUUGGUUUCAGCAACAAAUUUCAACCAGGGAAGAAGCUCACAACAAGCUGUGGAUCUCUUGCGUAUUCUGCUCCAGAAAUUCUGCUUGGUGAUGAAUAUGAUGCACCCGCAGUAGAUAUUUGGAGUCUGGGAGUGAUCCUUUUCAUGUUGGUGUGUGGACAGCCACCCUUUCAAGAGGCCAAUGACAGUGAGACAUUGACCAUGAUCAUGGAUUGCAAAUAUACAGUACCAUCCCAUGUGUCCAAAGAGUGUAAAGACCUGAUCACACGGAUGCUACAGAGAGAUCCCAAGAGAAGGGCCUCCUUGGAAGAGAUUGAGAAUCAUCCUUGGCUUCAAGGAGUGGACCCUUCGCCAGCCACAAAGUAUAACAUCCCCCUUGUGUCAUACAAAAACCUCUCGGAGGAGGAACACAACAGCAUCAUUCAGCGCAUGGUGCUCGGGGACAUAGCGGACCGAGACGCCAUUGUGGAAGCCCUGGAAACCAACAGGUACAACCACAUCACGGCCACAUACUUCCUGCUUGCUGAAAGGAUCCUGAGGGAGAAACAAGAGAAAGAAAUACAAACCAGAUCUGCAAGCCCUAGCAAUAUCAAGGCCCAGUUUAGGCAGUCGUGGCCAACCAAGAUCGACGUGCCCCAGGACCUGGAGGAUGAUCUCACGGCCACUCCUCUGUCCCACGGGACCGUCCCUCAGUCUCCUGCUCGGGCUGCCGACGGCGUCCUCAACGGCCACAGGAGCAAAGGCCUGUGUGACUCGGCCAAGAAAGACGACCUCCCCGAGUUGGCCGGACCGGCGCUCUCCGCGGUGUCACCUGCGAGCUUGAAGCCCACGGCCGGCGGGCGCAAGUGCCUGUUCCGGGUGGAGGAGGACGAAGAGGAAGAUGAGGAGGACAAGAAGCCCGUGUCCCUCUCGACGCAGGUGGUUCUGCGCCGGAAGCCCUCGGUCACCAACCGGCUGACGUCGAGGAAGAGCGCUCCCGUCCUCAACCAGAUCUUUGAGGAAGGGGAGUCCGACGACGAGUUCGACAUGGAUGAGAACCUGCCUCCCAAGCUGAGCCGGCUGAAGAUGAACAUCGCCUCCCCGGGCACCGUGCACAAGCGCUACCACCGCAGGAAAAGCCAGGGCCGCGGCUCCAGCUGCAGCAGCUCGGAGACCAGCGACGACGACUCCGAGAGCCGCCGGCGGCUGGACAAAGACGGCGGCUUCACCUACUCCUGGCACCGGCGGGAUAGCGGCGAGGGGCCCCCCGGGAGCGAGGGCGACGGCGGGGGCCAGGGCAAGCCGAGCGACGGCGGCGGCGGCGGCGGCGGCGGCGGCGGCGGCGCGGACAAGGCCAGCCCGAGCGAGAGCGGCGCGGGCGGCGGCAGCCCCGCGGGCGGCUCGGGGGGCAAGCCCACGGGCACGUCGGGCAGCACGCGCCGCUGCGCCGGCCCCGGCCCCGGCCCCGGGGAGCUGGUCCAGAGCCUCAAACUCAUGAGCCUCUGCCUGGGCUCGCAGCUGCACGGCGGCGCCAGGUACAUUCUGGACCCGCAGGGCGGCUUGCCGUUCUCCAGCGUGAAGGUGCAGGAGAAGUCCACGUGGAAGAUGUGCAUCAGCUCGACGGGGGGCGCGGGGCCGGCCCCCGGCGCGGGCGGCGGCAAGUUUUUCUCCGACCACGUGGCCGACGGCGCCGCGGAGCUCGGACGGAUAAAGAGCAAGAACCUGAAAAACAACGUGCUGCAGCUACCUCUGUGCGAAAAGACCAUCUCUGUGAACAUCCAGCGGAACCCUAAGGACGGGCUGCUGUGCGCCUCCAGCCAGGCCAGCUGCUGCCACGUCAUCUGACCGCGGCCCCGCCGGCCCCCGGCCCCCGCCCCCCGCCGCCCGCCCUGAGCGGAGCGCCCCGGCCCGGCCCGGCCCGGCCCGGCCCGGCCCUCCGGCCGCUCUCCGCGCUUCCUCUCUUCGAGGGGGCGUUCGGAGCAGUUAUUUAUUACCUUCGCGUUUGUUCGCCUGCCGACGUGACAAUGCAUGGUCUUUGUGCAUGCUGCUAGACACUGCUUUUCUUUUCCAGCCGAAAAGUCUCUUGUGUCAUUUUUACACUUAUAAUUUUAAUGUGGAUGAUCAGGAUUAAAUUAAAAUGUAUAUUUGGGACCUAAGAUACACGGAGCACUUAGAAAUUGGAUGUCCUGCACUUAACCUAGAGAGAAAAAAAUGCUUCUGUCUCCUUGUGAGAAACGUAAAUUCCCGUCCUGACCUUCUGCGAGAACGGAAACUCCGUGCCCUGAGGCACACGCCGUGCUGUCCGAGACCGAACCAAAGCAAUAACGUUGUGUUGCCGCCGGGCCUGGAGCCCGCGAGCGAGCGAGCUAGCGAGUGCGAGCCCCGCCUCCCGGGGCCCGAGCCCCGCCUCCCGAGGCCCGAGCCCCGCCUCCCGAGGCCCGUGAGGGGCGGAGUACAGCGAGCGUCUGCACUGAGAACCUUAAAACCAUGAUUUCAAUACACCCACACCUGUUUGUCUUAAGCUCUAGUGUGAAAACAAGGUUGGGCUCGUAAAAUUUAACUGAAAAAGAUUUUCUUGUUUUGUACUAGGUGAGAUAAAGUACUUAGAUUUAUAAGGCAGCUUCCCCCGUAGUGGUAAAUUACAAGCAGACAAUCUUAUUUUGUAACGUGAUGAAGUGAACUGAUGGUGUCUUAACUCUACUUAUAGAGUGUACGUCUGUCCAACAGAACAAAAAGAUGCUCGGUGUAAAUUCCUUCCCGUAGGGGACAUCCUAGGGUUUCCUUUAAAACCUUGUAGAUAGAAGAAACUGUAGGGCCUAAUAUGGAAGCAAAGGUGCACACAGAGGGUGGCAAAGUCAAAAGCCUAUAAAUUAAAAAAAAAAAAAAAAAAUUACUGGGCUGUGAUCUUUCGCAGUUUGGUAACUCGGUUGUCUCUUCUGUUUUUUCCAUUCUUCUAUGUUCUCUGGCUGUCCAGUAAGCUACGAGAAUUGGCUGAUCAAAAAAUACACCUAUAAAAGUGAAAUUCACACGUACAGCAGACAAAACGCACAAAGCCUGCUUUGUGUUUUGUUGUUGUUUUGGUUUUUUUCUUUUUUUUUCUUUUUCUUUUCUGGAGGCGUUUUCCACUUUGCCUUCCUGCCAAAACAAUAAUCGAAGAACUCUUGCUUUAAACUGUUCCUGUACAAAGACGACUUUUGACCAGAUAAUCCUCUUUCGUGGCGUCUUGUCUCGUAAGACGCACCAUAUUGCAGAUGGCUAACUUUGAGAGGGGCCGGAUGCCGCCUCUGCAAGCUGUGCCCCGGGGGGUCUUCAAAGCGGUGCUUAUCCACAGCGGGGGUGGGAUGCGGCCGGGCCGGGGGUGGGGGGGGCCUUCCCACUCCCAGCAGCUUCCCUUCGUGUCUCUCAAGUGACCGUCGCUUUGUCCGCAGAGGGGGCAGAGCACCCAAGGACUGCAUUCCACGGCUCUCGGCUCGUCCAACUACACGCUGAUUCUGCUACUCACGAUGCGUAUAGUUUAGUCCGCACUAGGGAAUUUCACAGUAUACUUACUAAACUAAGUAAAGGUGAUACUUAAAAUACUUCUUUUACUUUCUAGACCUAGGCUAGAUAUGUUUUAAGCUACAGCUCUAGUUCAUUGUGAUAUUUAUAACUGAAAGCUACCAGAAAAGAUGUGUGGGUGAAGCCAUAGAACAUAUUUGCUUGAAAUUCUGAGCAGGGAUCUUAUAAAGGGCCAGAAAUAAGAUGUGUGGUUCACAUAGACAAGUGAGCGUAACAUCUGUAUUAAACGUAGGAGAGAAGUUUCUAAAGGGCAUUGGCAAUAAACUCUUUGUUGCAGCUGUUUUCCAAGUAAUGUAAAUACUUCUUCCCGUGAUUAUGUAUAGCCUUGGAAUGGCACCUUUUAACUAACCCACGUGUGUUUGGUCUCCGAUGGUUUUUUAUAUUCCGACGUAUAUGUGGUGCUCACUCUAGGAGCGGCAGUGUUGACCGUUCAUGCUGCACAGCUGUAUCAUAGAGCCUUAUUAGUCGCGUGUGCUUGGUUGGCCCUCUGGGUAUACAGAGGUUAGUCUGAGUGGCGUCUUACUCACCUGUUCGUAAGUGAAUGACUGUGCAUGUGUUGUAUGUCAUAGUAUGUCGUCACAUAAAAGGGAGGGAGCAGAUAACCGUUACAUGAAGAUAAUAUUGGACCAAACUCUUUACUAGCUCUAAACAGUUUCUUGUACCCCUUAACCUGUCUUCAGAAGUUGCAUAGAGUUAUAGUAGUGUGUAAAUUAAAUAUUGUGGAAAAACAAUUAGUCUUGUAUUUUUCUGUACGUGUGUGUACAUAUAUUAUAUAUAUAUACACAUAUAUAUAUAUAUAAAAUUAUGUACUUCUGGCAAUUCUAUCUGUAUUUAAAGACGUGACAAUCUCGACACCGAUCUUAAGAACAGCCGUGAGACUGAAUCGAAGUAAGGGUCUCCCUACCAAGUGAGAACUGAUGUGUGUUAAGAGGGUACAGAGUCAUCAGCUGAUUUGGUCGGUUGCUUCCACUGCUGGUGGAUUUUCCUCACUGUGUGAACAUCGACAGGUAUGUGACAGAUGGGAAGAACAAUCCAAAUAAUAAAGUGGCAUAUUGGUGUUCAGCAAUACAA